CAUCCCUUAAUUAAAACCCGGCACCUCAUCAACCAUUACAAGAACAAAACAAAACACACAUUUCUCCCGCACUACAACAGGUGUUCUCCCCCCCAGGUGUCGUGGAUCAGGCGCCAGGACCUGCACGUGCUGACCACAGGUAACUUCACGUACGCGACGGACACGAGGUUCCGCGCGCUGCACCUGCCCGGCUCGCCCUUCUGGAGCCUGGAGGUGGACCGGCCCGCCAUCACUGACUCCGACCUCUACGAGUGCCAGGUGUCUACGCAGCCCAAGAUAUUCCGCCGCUUCAGGCUCAGCGUUGUGGUCCCCAGCGCGCGCAUCACCGGCCCCAGGGAGAUCUUCAUGAAGGCGGGCAGCGACAUCAACAUCACGUGCGUGAAGGGCGCCAUCAGGGGAGCGCCCGUCACCUGGUACCACGUGCUGCCCCGCUACCUACCCAAGGAGGAGCUGGUGGAGAUCAACGCCGGGAGUCGGGGCGGCGUGCAGCUCGUGACGGACAAGAACUCGGGCACCAGCUGGCUCCUGGUCACCCACGCCACCUGGAGGGACGCCGGGAACUAUACGUGCGCGCCUGUGCACGCCACGCCCGCCUCGGUGUCCGUCCACGUGCUCGACGAGGCUCCAGCCGAGCUCCAAAACGACCCCCAGCCGAGCCGGGCCCAGACGUCCACCCAAGGAACGCCAGGCCUUCCGCUGCUCCUGCUGGGGCUUCACCGUCUGCUGGGGCGCAACAGGACGAGAACGUGGUGCCUCUGGGUUCUCCUGGCUGCCUGUCUAGGGUUCUCCAGCGCCGUCAGUGGUACGGGUGGCCUUCAGGACGUCUCUCAGACUAGUAAGGAAGCCAAGGCAUUGUUGAAAGUCGCCGCGAGGGAGGAAGGUGGUUUGCGGAUAUCCUUUGCUUCUACACUUCCUCCUCUUCUCUCUUUGUAUCCUACACUUCAUUCUCGUCUCCCCCAUCCUUCAUCUGAUACACUCCACCCUUCUCCUCAUCGUUGGAAUCCUACACUACCUCUUCCUUUUCUUCCUCCUCCUCCUCCUCCUCCUCUCGAAGGCACCAUGACAAACCACUCAGAUCCUGCUGGGAUCUUGAGAACCACUGUCAUGCAGGACAAUAUCUGUGAACCUGGCAGAAAUGUACAAAACACCGCCGCGGUGGAGGGCCGCCGCGACGUGCGGGUGGAUCACCCAAAGAAGGGGACGCCGAGAGCCACGGCACCGUCACGGGGCACCGGGGACGUGGUCGAGCUGAGGAAGGAGUUAUGUCCGCAGCGAAAGCCACUUACCACCACGGCCAAGGCCAAGGGCAAAGGUCAGGACACAGACGACUCGGAUCACGGCGCCGCCAAGGAAAGCUGA